AUCUGGGCCAUGCAGGGUGCUACCUUCCUUGUUAGAAUCACAGUGUGCUCCUUGAAUCAACCGUCCUUAUUAAAACAGGAGAGAUAUUGGCACAAAUUAUUUUAAAGAAGAAAGGCAUCACCAUUUCCAUAAUUGGUAUUCCUGUGCUUGGCUUGCUUUGAUAGGAGGACCGGGACCAGUGACACUUGUUUCAGUGAAAGCAAGAGUGUGAAUAGCCGUAGCUUGCUGCCAGACAUGGCCCUCUCAGUGGACUCGUCUUGGCCCCGGUGGCAGUGGCGGGUCAGGGAUGGCCUCCCACAGUCUCCAUCAGAAGCCACACCCCUACUGUCCCCAGAGAAGCGGGUGCAGAGCUACAACCUGGCACAGCAGCGGGUCGUGUUCCCCAACAACAACGUAUUCCACCAGGACUGGGCAAAGGUCUCCAGGAGAUACUCCAGCAACAGAAUCUGCACCACCAAGUACACCCUCUUCACCUUCCUGCCCCAGAAUCUCUUGGAGCAGUUUCACAGAUGGGCUAACCUCUAUUUCCUGUUCCUGGUGAUUCUGAACUGGAUGCCCUCCAUAGAAGUCUUCCACAGGGAAAUCACCAUGUUACCACUGGCCAUCGUCCUGUUCAUCAUCAUGGUCAAGGAUGGCGUGGAGGACUUGAAGAGACACCGCUUUGACAGAGAGAUAAACUGCUCCAACAUCCAGAUAUAUGAAAGAAAAGAGCAGAGCUACGUGCAGAGGUGCUGGAAGGAUGUGCGUGUGGGGGACUUCAUCCAAAUGCAGUGCAACGAGAUUAUCCCAGCCGACAUACUCCUCCUCUUUUCCUCGGACCCCAGUGGGAUCUGUCAUCUGGAAACUGCCAACUUGGAUGGAGAGACAAACCUCAAACAGAGGCGUGUUGUGAAGGGCUUCUCACAGCAGGAGGUACAGUUCCAACCAGAACGUUUCCUCAACACCAUCGUGUGUGAGAAGCCCAACAACCACCUCAACAGAUUUAAGGGUUAUAUGGAACAUCCCGACCAGAGCAGGACCGGCUUUGGCAGUGAGAGUCUUCUGCUUCGCGGCUGCACCAUCAGAAACACCGAAGUGGCUGUUGGCAUUGUCAUCUACGCAGGUCACGAGACCAAAGCCAUGCUGAACAACAGCGGCCCGCGGUACAAGCGCAGCAAGAUCGAGAAGCGCAUGAACACAGACAUCUUCUUCUGCAUCGGGAUCCUCUUUCUCAUGUGCCUCACUGGGGCUGUAGGUCACAGCCUCUGGAAUGGGACCUUUGCAGAACACCCUCCCUUUGACGUACCAGAUGCCGAGGGCAACUACCUUCCCCUUGCCCUUGGGGGCUUCUACAUGUUCCUCACCAUGAUCAUUCUGCUCCAGAUACUGAUCCCAAUCUCCCUGUACGUGUCCAUUGAGCUGGUGAAGCUCGGGCAGGUCUUCUUCCUGCACAACGACCUUGACCUGUAUGAUGAAGAGACCAAUUUGUCCAUUCAGUGUCGAGCCCUCAACAUCACUGAGGACCUGGGCCAGAUCCAGUACAUCUUCUCCGACAAGACAGGAACACUGACGGAGAACAAGAUGGUGUUCCGGCGUUGUACCAUCAUGGGCCAUGAGUACUCUCACCAAGAAAAUGCUAAGCGACUAGAGACCCCGAAGGAGCUGGACUCAGACAGUGAAGAGUGGACCCAGUACCAGUGCUUGUCCUUCCCAGCCCGGUGGGACCAGGGCCCAACAACAAUGAGGGGUCAAGGAGGGUCCCAGCCUCUGAGAAGGAGCCAGAGUGCCCGGGUGCCCAUCCAGGGCCACUCGCGACAAAGGUCCAUGGGGCGGUGUGAAAUCUCACAGCCCCCUGUGGCCUUCAGCAGCUCCAUAGAAAAAGAUGUGACUCCAGAUAAAAACCUCCUGACCAAGGUACGAGAUGCAGCCCUGUGGCUGGAGAGCUUGUCAGACAGCAGGCCCACCAAGCCUUCCCUCUCCACCGCCUCCUCCAUUGCUGACUUCUUCCUUGCCUUAACCAUCUGCAACUCAGUCAUGGUCUCCACAACCACCAAGCCCCGGCAGAGGGUCAUGGUGCCACCCUCAACCAAGGCUCUGGCGACAUCCCUAGAGAAGAUUCAGCAGCUGUUCCACAGGUUGAAACUUUCAAGCCUCAGCCAGUCAUUCUCGUCCACUGCGCCCUCUGACACAGACCUGGGGGAGAGUUUGGGGGCCAAGAUGCCCACCACAGACUCGGAAGAGAGAGACAACUCGUCUGUGUGCAGUGGCAGCUAUUCUACCGAUGGCGGCUACAGGAGCAGUACAUGGGAGCAGGGUGACAUCCUGGGGGCAGGACCGGGUGCCUCCCUGGAGGAGGUGCUGCAGGCUCCAGCCCUCGGCCUGGCCAGCCCUGAGCUCUGUUACGAGGCAGAGAGCCCCGAUGAGGCCGCCCUGGUGCACGCUGCCCAUGCCUACAGCUUCACGCUGGUGUCCCGGACGCCCGAGCAGGUGACGGUGCGCUUGCCCCAGGGCACCUGCCUCACCUUCGAUGUCCUCUGCACCCUGGAGUUUGACUCAGUCAGGAAGAGGAUGUCCGUGGUUGUGAGGCACCCGCUGACCGGUGAGAUUAUCGUCUACACCAAGGGUGCCGACUGCGUUAUCAUGGACCUGUUGGAAGACCCAGCCUGCGUGACUGACACUGGUGUGGAAAAGAAGGUGAGAAAAAUACAAGCCCGGACCCAAAGGCAUCUAGACUUGUAUGCAAGAGACGGCCUUCGAACACUGUGCAUAGCCAAGAAGGUCUUAAGUGAAGAGGACUUCCAGCGAUGGGCCAGUUUCCGGCAUGAGGCUGAGGCGUCCCUCAGUAACAGAGAUGAGCUUCUCAUGGAGACAGCACAGCAUCUGGAGAAUCGACUCACCUUACUCGGAGCCACUGGGAUCGAAGACCGUCUGCAGGAAGGAGUUCCAGACACAAUCGCUGCUCUGCGGGAGGCUGGGAUCCGGCUCUGGGUCUUGACUGGAGAUAAGCAGGAGACAGCAGUCAAUAUCGCCUAUGCCUGCAGACUGUUAGACCAGACGGACACUGUUUACUCCAUUAACACAGAAAGUCAGGAAACCUGUGAAUCCAUCCUCAACUUGGCAUUGGAAGAGGCAAAGCAACUUCAUGGACCUCAGAAGCCAGACCACAAGCUCUUUGGGUUCCACCUGCCUUCUGCAACACCAACCCCUGCCUCAGGAGCUGCAGUUCCAGACGUUGGAUUGGUCAUCGAUGGGAAGACGUUGAAUGCCAUUUUCCAGGGAAAACUGGAGGAGAAGUUUCUGGAGUUGACCCAGUAUUGCCGGUCUGUCCUGUGCUGCCGCUCUACCCCGCUCCAGAAGAGUAUGCUCGUCAAGCUGGUGCGAGACAGACUGAGAGUCAUGACCCUUUCCAUAGGUGAUGGAGCAAAUGACGUAAGCAUGAUUCAAGCUGCUGAUAUUGGGAUUGGAAUAUCUGGACAGGAAGGCAUGCAGGCCGUCAUGUCCAGUGACUUUGCCAUCUCCCGCUUCAGACACCUCAAGAAGCUGCUGCUUGUGCACGGACAUUGGUGUUACUCGCGCCUGGCCAGGAUGGUGGUGUACUACUUCUACAAGAACGUGUGCUACGUCAAUCUGCUCUUCUGGUACCAGUUCUUCUGUGGUUUCUCUGGCUCCACCAUGAUCGAUUACUGGCAGAUGAUCUUCUUCAAUCUGUUCUUCACCUCCUUGCCUCCUCUUGUCUUUGGAGUCCUCGAUAAAGACAUCUCUAUGGAAACACUCCUGGCAUUACCUGAGCUGUACAAGAGCGGGCAGAACUCUGAGUGCUAUAACCUGCGGACUUUCUGGAUUUCCAUGGCGGAUGCGUUCUACCAGAGCCUCGUCUGUUUCUUUAUCCCCUACCUGACCUACAAGGACUCUGAUAUCGACGUCUUUACCUUUGGGACACCCAUCAACACCGUUUCCCUCGCCACAAUCCUCUUGCACCAGGCAAUGGAAAUUAAGACCUGGACCAUUGUCCAUGGGCUGGUGCUCGUAGGCAGCUUCCUGAUGUACUUUGUGGUAUCCCUCGUGUACAACGCCACCUGCGUCACCUGCAACAGUCCCACCAAUCCCUACUGGGUGAUGGAAGGCCAGCUCUCAGACCCCACUUUCUACCUCGUCUGCUUCCUCACACCGGUCAUGGCUCUUCUCCCAAGGUACUUUUUCCUGGCUCUACAAGGGACAUAUGGGAAGUCUCCCAUCUUAAAAGCUCAGAAAAUUGACAAACUCCCCAUGGACAAAAGAGAGCUGGAAAUCCAGAGUUGGAGAAGCCAACAGAGGCCUGCCACUGUCCCUGGAGAGGUCCAGCCCACCCACUGUCCAGGGCCACCUGCCCCAGAGCACAGCCUCAGAGCCAGCACCCCAAAGAGCUCGACCCCUACCAAGCAGGAGUACAAGGAGUGCUGGGAGCUGCCUGGAGAGAGAUGCGGCGGAGACCACAUAAGGGAUGACCCACACUCAGGGGACUCCUGGGCUAAAUUCUCAUCUGGGGAGCACCUUCUCCUGGAGCCUAGUAGGAUGGUGGCAUCCGGAGCCUACUCAAGUGGACAGAUGAACGCGAGCCGGCCCUUCAGCCGGGGCAGCCACCGGCGAUCCCAGAGUUCACUGACCAUAUGAGGGGCCUGCGGAGAUCUGCACAAACUCAGAGGAGGCCGGCCGAUCACUGGCUUAGUUAACCAUGAGUCUUUCUCUUCAUGGAGGAAAGAACGUGCCAGUCUUAUCCUCUUCCCCCACCAGGCUUGACUUCCUUAGGGGAAGUGCUGGCCCCAAGGGGUUUGACAAAGAAGGACUGGAAACCAGUCAACCUCUAGUUUUCUCCUGCUGCCAGGCAGCACAUCUUGCAAGCUGUUUUUUAUAAGGAGGCUAUAUUUCUAUUGCAUUGAGUUUUUUUCAUUUUUUAGCCCAGAGACAUUCUCUGACCCUCUGGAUAAGAACAGCAUACAACCCAAUGCAACUGGGCCAUCAGUCUGCAAGAUGCCAAGAAGUGUAUCCAGCCAGCCGAUAUCUCAAGAUUUGGAAGUUUCUGGGCUUGUCAAACCAUCACCUCACCCCCCCAGUGCCAAGAGUUCAAGUUCCAGAAGAGUCUCAUAUACACAACUGCCACAUCUCAAGUGUACUGCAGGGAUAGUCAUGUCGGGGUUAACAUCCCUUCCAUUCUUAGAGUUGGGUCUGCUCUAAGCCAUAGAAAAUCACAUCUAAAGAUUAAAACCAGAUUUGAACUUAGAGCCACAGACACUUCUGAGGGUCAUAAGGUCACAGCUACUGUAAGAGGCAGAAAGAACUUAAGCAUGUGAAAGCAAACGGGGGCACCAGAAACCCCAUGCUUCAGUCACGUGUCCCACAGUCCGGAGAAUCUACCAAGAACACAUGCAUACCACUCUUAAGAUACUUAUUUUAUUUAUUUUUAAAUAAAAGUAUACAUAUCCCCCACUUUUCAAAAGUUCGCCUUAUGCCAUUUCACUUUUAGGAAAGACCUACAUUGGUACCUGUUGUUGCUAACCGAAAGAAAUCCAAAGGGGAUUUUCGCUUUUACCAAAGAAAAAAGGUGAAAAGUGAACAGAGCAUUCAGCAUUUGUUCUGCAGCCAGCAGUUCUAGAGGCAGCCUGCACCCUGAGCACUGAGUGGCACCACCAAGCUCCUUCCCCGGGAAUUAUAUUCAGCUUCGCAGAAGCAAACCACCAUAGCUUUGAACUGUGUCUGAGCACCUGUGCUUUAUCUCAAUUUAUUUUGUGCAUCGUUGGGAAGAUGUGUCCUAAGGUAAUCGCUUCCUUGUUUUACACCAUUUCGGCUUAUGAAAACAUUCAUAGUAACACUCUUCUUUCAGGCAGCAGGGGAAAUCUGUACCCAUUCCUCAUUCAGUACUCGGGAAAGGAAAACAACCUCAGACCUUUACACAGCUGCACCCAGAAUAGACGACCCACAUCAAAGAGCAACUCUGAACCCAAACAAAAACACCUGAAAGAGGAUGACCAAUGUUAAAGCCCAUUCAUUAAGCUUAACCUAGAAUAUCACAGGCUUCAGUUGAAUUAGGGAGCGCUAGAGGAAGUCUCACUUCACAGGGAAAAGAAGGAUUAUGCAGACUUCUUAUCUCUAGAGAUCGUAAAUGCCAAAAAUGCAAAAGAGUUCAAAGCAGUGUUGGAAUAAAAGAAUGGAUGAUAAGAUUCUAAUACAUUGUCAAGAGAAACAAGGUCUACUAUGGGCAGGGAUAGCCUAUCCCUAGUCUUUUAAGAUAAGUCAGGGAGGACUACUGAACCCUCCUCCCGCAAGGUGGUGCCUAAAUAUUAGGCAAACAGUACAAGGGUGGGAACAAGUGUGGCAAGUCACAGCCACACCACAAAUUGACUUAUCGCUUGAGUAGCUUGUCAGCAAAUGGUGCUCAAAAAGAGCUCAAUAAUCAAACUGGCACAUGGCAGACUGAGCUGGUCCUCUGACCAUCCUGCUGGCACACCUGAACAAGAAGGGCCAUUCAGGGCAUCGCCCGAGAGCCAAUACACUGGAUCUCUUUCACUGACUCUGCCACAUAAGGAUGCCAGUGCUGGCCAGCUGGUGGGUCUUCAGGGGAAUCCUUCAUGAGGAUUGCUAGAUGAGGAGCAGGUACACACAUCAGGCAAAGCAGUAAUAAUAUAAAUUGUCCCAAUUGAGGGGACUGAGCCCAAACUUGGAUCUCAGGGUCCUUCCUUUCCUCGUAUGAUUCCUGCCCACUCCUGAAAGCCAGAUGAGAGAGGAUGUUUCAGAAAAGAACAGAGUGGUGGGAAGAACACUGGCCUCGGGAGACGAGAGUGGGAGUCUCUUCUCUGCCCCGUUUUUCCUAGGAGCCAGGAGCAUUGACGUACCAUGCCUUACCUGCAGAUUUGGUUAGAAAUGCCCAACCUCUCAGGCUUGGCAUAAGGAUCAAGUCAAAAUUACACGGGGUUGUUAAAACCCUUUGAAAGUUGUAACACCCUUGAUAAUAACACAUGGAGUUUUAUUUCAGAGCUAAGGCGAAGCGAGAUCAUGGGAGGUUGAGAAAAUACCCGACCCCUAAAUGCCAAAGCACACCCAACAUUCUCAUGGUGCUCUCUUUCUUUCAUGACCAACCAUCCCAGUUGGCCUGGGCUUUUCCAAGUUUUAGCACUGAAAGCCCCACUUCCUGGGAAACUCCUCAGUCCUGAGCCAACCCGGCCAACUGGUCACCUACUCUUGCCCUUUUUUGUAAAGCAAAUCAACUGUGACUGUCCAAGUGCCAUCUUAGGGGAAAAGGCGGUAACAACUAUUUCUCUGUAACAUAAUGCUAAUGACUGUACUUAAUACAUUUUUAUACAUUCAUGACCUUUUACAGAUUGACUGGAAUUGUAUUAUCCUUUAUCAGAAGAAAAAAUAAACAUGGUUUUCCAUUGUU